UUCCCUUUUGUUAAUUUGGCCCGAUGUAACUUAGAUGUAACUAUGUAACCUGCCGGCUCAUAGCAAAGCUCUGUUUCAGUUGGAUUGAGUUCACAUGUCGGGACGGAAUUAUCUAUCGCGAGAUGCGUUCAUCCUCAGGAAGGGGGAGCGUCAUCCAAUUUCAAUUGCCGAUCAUCGGGUUAUUCACCGCCUCCCGCAUCAUGAAGCCCAACCCCGGCUCCACCCUGCCGCCGUAUUAGAGGACCAUAUCGCUGUCCAGCACCGGCAAAUUCAAACCCUCCUCCUCGAGAACCAGCGCUUCGCCACUACUCACGUCUCCCUCAAGCGGCAGCUUUCCGACGUCCAGCAGGAUCUCCAGCACUUAACUGCAACCGCAUCCACCAUCAAGGAUGAGUGCGACGUUGAGGUGCGUCAAGUAUAUGAGAAUUCAAUAAGAACAAAUGCAGAGAUUCGCGGCAUAGAUGGAGUCUGCGCUGAGCUCGCGCAAGUAAACGAUGAUAUCAAGAAAAUGAGUGGUGACUGUGAAGAGCUCACUGCAAAGUUGAAGGAAAUUGAGGAUGAGCUCGCGAAGGUUCGGCCGGAGUUGAAGCAGGUCAAGGCAAUUAAAACUGAAAUUGCCACUAUGCAGAAGGGAAUCCAAAAAGGAAGGGCUGCUGUUGAAUAUGAAAAGAAGAUGCAAACCAUUAAUCAAGAACAGAGUCAAAUACUGGAGAAAAAUCUGAACUCUAUGAAUAAUGAUAUUGAAAACUUGCGUGCUGAAGUAGCUGAUGCAGAGAACAGGGCAAGGGCGGUUGCUGCUCUAGCAACACCAAGCCCUGCAUAUCCAACAGGUUAUGGUGGAGCUCCUCCUGCAACUGGUUAUGGUGGAAACAUGUACCCCAACCCUUAUGCUGUACAGCAGGUUCACCGUGAGGCUGGCAGUGGAUAUGGUGGAGUACAUUACAACCCAUACCCUCCCUUAUGAUACACAACAACCCACAUUUUAGAGAUAGGUUGUUGCUGGAUGAGUUGCACUUGAGAUGGAUUAUUUCUUGGGAAGAGCAUCAUGGCCUCAAAGGAAUAGAAGCACAGCAAAUGGAACAUUGUUAAUGUAGUCCCCUGCCAAACCGCGCAAAAAAUCACCAAAAACCCUAAAAGACGAAGUUAACCUGGGUAAGUAGCAAGCACUAUAGGACCCAGCAUUGUUUGCUUUAUCAUCUGUUUAUCAACUUCAUGUUCCCGCUUCUUCAUGUGCUCUUUUACGGAAGAAACACUUAGCAACUACUAGAAAUGCCCCCCCCCCCCAACCCCAACCAACCUCCCCUGCUAAAAAACCCAACAAAAACAGAAUAAGCAAUUUGUGUUGUUUGAAGUUGAUUAGAUUUAGGAGGUAGAUGAUCACAUGUACCUUACAUUUCUUAAACAAGUAUUCUUUUUACCCCUUUAGUUGAGCUUGCAUGAACAUGUUGUCAUGUUCUAUAUAUUUACUCUUAAUAACAUAGACCCGUUUCGUAAGAGUUAC